AUGCUGCUUCUGCUACUGCCCCUGCUCUGGAGGAUGGAGGGGGCAGAGAAACACCACAGGGAUGGCUACACACUGAGUGUGCAGAAGUCAGUGACGGUGCAGGAGGGCCUGUGUAUCUCUGUGCCCUGCUCCUUCUCCUACCCCCCGGGUGGCAGGAAUGACUCUGACCCAGCGUAUGGCUACUGGUUCUGGGAAGGGGCCAAUGUUGACCAGGAUGCUCCAGUGGCCACAAACAACCCAGGACAAAAAGUGCAGGAGGAGACCCAGAGCCGAUUCCGCCUCAUUGGGGACCCUCAAGUCAACAACUGCUCCCUGAGCAUCACAGACGCCAGGAGGACGGAUGAGGGGACGUACUUCUUUCAGGUGGAGAGAGGAAAUGUAAAAUGGGCCUACAGUCCACAUGAUAAUUACAAACCUGACCAGCUCUCUCUGAAUGUGACGGCCCUGACUCCCGACAUCCUCAUCCUGGGGACCCUGGUAUCCGGCCACUCGAAGAAUCUGACCUGCUCUGUGCCCUGGGCCUGUGAGCAGGAAACGCCCCCCAAAAUCUCCUGGAUGGGGGCACCUGCUCUCACUGCCUCCUCUGUGCUCACCCUUAUCCCGCAGCCCCAGGACCAUAGCACCAACCUCACCUGUCAGGUGACCUUGCCUGGGACCAAUGUGACCACAACAAGGACUGUCCAUCUCAACGUGUCCUAUGCUCCUCAGAACUUAACAGUGACUAUCUACCAAGGAGAUGACAUAGUCACAACCUUGGGGAAUGGUUCAUCUUUCUCAGUCCUGGAGGGCCAGUCGCUGCGCCUGGUCUGUGCUGUUAACAGCAAUCCCCCUGCCAGUCUGAGCUGGAUCCUGGGUAACCUGACCCUGAGCCCAUCACAGCCCUCAAGCACUGGGGUGCUGGAGCUCCCUGGCAUGUACUUUGCGGAUGAAGAAUUCACCUGCCUAGCUCAGAACCCUCUGGGCUUCCAGCACAUCUCCCUGAGCCUUUCCCUGCCGAGGAGAGUGUCACCUGUGUCUAGAGUGCUCGUGGGAGUUGGAGUCAUCACCCUGGUCUUCCUUUCCUUCUGCUUCAUCUUCAUCAUAGUGAGGUCCUGCAGGAGGAAAUCAGCAAGGCUUGCAGCGGGCGAGGGAGAUGCAGACAUGAAAGACGCAGUCACUGUCAGGGGCUCAGCCUCUCAGGGCUCCCUGACUGAAUAUCAGGCAGAUGGCAACUCCCCAGCCCAGCCUCCUUCAGCUGUGGCAGCCUCCUCCUCUGGGAAGGGCCAAGAGCCCCAGUAUGCAUCCAUCACCUUCAAAAUGAAACCUCCUGUCCUGCAGGGCCAGGAGGCCCCCAGCAGCGAAUACUCGGAGAUCAGGAUCCACAAGGUCUUCUACCCCUGGGACUGCUGGGAUGACUCCAGCCCUGUCCAUGGAUACCGGUUCCAAGAAGGAGUCAAUAUAAACAGUGACUCUCCAGUGGCCACAAACAACCCAGCUUAUGAAGUGCAGGAAGAAAUCUGGACUGAAAAUGGGGGUUCUAACCUAAGUCCUUCUGGACAGGUGAUGGAGUCAUAUGGGCUAAAAUCCAAAACACACAGCAGAGUCUAUCCCCGGAUGCCCGUCCCCCUCCCCAGAAUCAACCCAUGUCCGUCCAAGCUGCUCUGA